UCCGGGUAGUCGGCCCGCCGAGGUUCGUGCCCUGCGGGGGAACCAGAUGAAGCACAUCUGGACAGCUGCGCCGAGGAACUGUGUGGCCCCUUCGCGGGCCCGACGUCAGCUGGGCACGUCUCCCACGUUCUCUCCUGCUAGCCACUUAUUAUUCAUAUUCCCAAAGAAGCAACCGAGGAUCCAAGCUUAAAACUUCCCCCCCCUCCCCGCUAAUUGAGACGGGGCCAGAUCCCAUCCAGCACACAGUUUAAUUUUCAUGGGGCUCUGGGAUCAAAAGAACAGAAACAGCAACAACAAAAGCCCAGCCGCUGUCUGAUUUAAAACUGGCAAAGUGAGAAAAAUAGUGUUGAGUAAACAGACCAAGUUGGCUGGAAUCAUUAUAAGUUCUUGGAAGAAGAGAAUUGAGUUGGACUUGACAUUGAAGAAAGUGUGAAGACAUGGGGAAUUUCAAAGGUCAUGCCCUCCCCGGAACCUUCUUCAUUAUCAUGGGUAUCUGGUGGACCACCAGGUGCGUUCUGAAAUAUGCCUGCAAAAAGCACAAGCGGACUUCCUACAUUGGCUCCAAAGCAUUAUUCCAUCGAAUAGAAAUUUUUGAGGGAAUCGCGUUAGUCAGCAUGGCUAUCACUGGCAUGCUUGGGGAGCAAUUUAUCACUGGAGGGCCCCAUUUGGCCUUAUAUGACUAUAAAGAGGGCCAGUGGGUCGACCUCCUGAACUGGCACCAUUUCACCAUGUAUUUCUUCUUUGGGCUGCUGGGUGUGACAAACAUCUUAUGCUUUCUCAUCAGUUCGCUUCCUGCCUCCUUAACCAAGUUAAUGUUGUCAAAUGCCUUAUUUGUGGAGGCUUUUAUCAUGUAUAAUCACACUCAUGGCCGGGAAAUGCUGGACAUCUUUGUGCACAAGCUGUUGGUCUUGGCCAUCUUUGUGACAGGCCUGAUUGCCUUCUUGGAGCUCUUCGUACGGACCAGUAUCACUGUGGAACUUACUCGGACAAGCUUUAUCCUGCUUCAGGGGAGCUGGUUUUGGCAGAUUGGUUUUGUCCUUUAUCCCCCCAGUGGAGGUCCUGCAUGGGAUGCAAUGGAUCAUGACAACAUAAUGUUUCUUACCAUAUGCUUUUGUUGGCAUUAUGCAUUAAGCAUUAUCAUCGUUGGAAUGAUUUAUGCCUUUGUCACUUGGUUGGUUAAAUCUCGACUUCAGAGGUUCUGCCCUUCAGAAGUUGGACUCCUGAAAAAUGUUGAACGAGAACAAGAAUCAGAAGAAGAGAUGUGAUUUUGAUGGGCAUUUAGUCUUUCUGGAUGAACUUCUCUUUUUUGGAUUAUUUUUGUUCAUGGUUUUGUUUUUUGACCUUUUGCUUGGAGAACAGGCGGCUGAGGAUGAUUCUUGGUAUAUUGUUUGUAUUUCCAAUUUGGUUUAAGUAUUUGAAUUCAAAUAUUUUAUUUUUAGGUUUGUAAGUACUUUGGGUGAUAAAUGCAUUUUGCACAUCAGUCAUGGUAUUUGGGGCCUGGAGCAACUAUUCCCAGAUCAUUUAAAGUUAACAUCCAUGCUAAGAAAAAUGUUUUAUUUGCCUUAUACAUAUGCUCAAGGUGUCUGGGCUUACUACCAUUUGUAACUCAUUAAACAUCGAAUUACACUUGUUUAUCUUGUUGCUGCAAUGAGAAAUAAAUGAAUGCAAAAACCUUGGUACAGACACCUCAAGUUUUUUUGUUGUUGUUGUUUUGUUUUGUUUUACAUUUUCAUUAUUUGUUUUCUUUCUUUAUUUACAUUCAAUUAGCCAACAUAUAGUACAUCAUUCGUUUCAGAUGUAGAGUUCAAUAAUUCAUCAAUUGCAUGUAACACCCAGUGCUCAUCACAUCACAUGCCCUCCUUAAUGCUCAUCACCCAGUUAUCCCAUCCCCCCACCUACCUCCCCUCCAGCAACCCUCAGUUUGUUUCCUGUAGUUAAGAGUCUCUCAUGGUGGGGCGCCUGGGUGGCUCAGUCAUUAAGCGUCUGCCUUCGGCUCAGGUCAUGGUCCCAGGGUCCUGGGAUCGAGCCCCACAUCAGGCUCCCUGCUCCGCGGGAAGGCUGCUUCUCCCUCUCCCACUCCCGCUUCUUGUGUUCCCUCUCUCGCUGUAUCUCUCUC